CAGGUGACGACAUCACAACGUGAAACUCCCGAUAAUCCGCCGGUCUUUUGGAUUGAUCAUCUCCCACUCCAUGGUAAUCGGCGGCAGCUCUGGCAGCUUCCACGACACACCAUGGAAAUGCGACCUCUGACGACAGACUCAAACACCCACGACCGUCUGCGAUGAGCUGUCUCAUAUGCAACUCUGCCCACUCCCGCCAGCCGUUCCUCUGCCCGACAUGCGCCCGCAAUCAUCUCUAUCAGCUCCGUCUCGGAAAUACCCGGGUUCUCUUGGAGAAGGAGAGCCUAGGGCGUCAAAUAGAACUUGCUGUGUCCCGUGAGGUCUCUCAGAAAACACCAUCAAUACCAAGUGAGGGGCUUUCUACGGACGAUCACAAGAGCUCUCCAUGUUGGGCCCUCCAGACGAUUUCCAGUCGCCAGGCUGCUUCCUCCUCCAGGAGAGAGAGUCUUGCUCAGCAGAUUGAAGAGCUGAAAGAGGAUCUCAAAGCCAAGAAGGCAGACAUCUCUGAGCGCGAGGCGAACUUAUCCCGGAGGCGGUCCGAUGCUGAAUCUGCCUUGUAUCAGCUCGGGGAGCGGGAGGCUACAAUCUUGACGGGCGUUCAGAAUACGACCAAACGUGCGGAGCAUCUGUGGCACAAUCUCCAUAGCAAAACCGCUGAAGCGCGCAUCUUCCUCUGCCGGGAGGCGGCCCAUCUCUACGGCCUACGACAGAAGACCUCAAGGAAGGGGGAUGGUCGGCAUAGCUAUGUCCUUGGUGGUAUAACCAUCGUCGAUUUGAAGGAUAUGAAUAGUGCAACUCCCGCUCAAAUAUCCACCUCCCUCUCCAACAUCGCCCACCUCCUAGUCCUCGUAUCGCACUAUCUCUCUCUGAGACUUCCGGCGGAAAUCACCCUACCGCACCGGAAUCAUCCUACCGCUACAAUAUACUCCUUCGCCGCCUCAUAUAAUUUUCGAGAUUCCUCUGAUGGGUCUGACACCGCCUAUUCUUCAACCCCCAGUCCAACGGCAUCCAGAACGGAGCCACGCACCCAGCCACGGCCCAGACCGCUCUUUAUUGACAAGCCUCUUCCCCGCCUGGCCAAGGAAGAUCCCGGGACUUAUGCGCUUUUCUUGGAGGGUGCUUCACUGCUCGCCUGGGAUGUAGCCUGGCUGUGCAGAACCCAGGGGAUCAACUUGACAUCCGACUCCUGGGAGGAUGUGUGUAAUAUCGGGAAGGGCAUGUGGCAGCUGCUGGUUGCCCCGCCUGCUCAAGCAUCGACCUUGAUGCGAGCGUUUGCCGGUCGAGAGACCCAGGUAAAGAUGAAAACCGCGAAGGACUCGCCACAAACGACGAUCCAACGCACCAAAUCUUUCCCGAUGCUCGGUCAUUACUCCCACGGGACGGUACACUCAUUCAUUGCGGCGUCCGAGGGUGUUGAGUUUAUGCGCACAUGGAAGCUACCAACGCCAACGAAGAUUGUGGAUAAACUCAAGUCUAAUCUACUUGGUGAGAUGGCAAGCGCCGAAUGGGAGGUUUUGGAAGAAAAGGAAUGGUUUGAUGGGAAUAUGGAUCCCAAUCAACCACUGGACUCGCAAGAUCAGCAGGGUACUUCGUCUAAUCCACAGGCUGAGUCGGGCGAGCGGGCCACCGAUCACCAGCAGACAUCUGUUCAGACGGAUGAUAGUCGUCGCCCGAGAGGCACGAGUGGAUGGACGAAGUUGAACAGUAGAUAGAUGUCAUGCUAAGAUCGCAGCAUGUUUUUCUCAUUGUAUCAAGCAGACUAGAAUAAAACAAUAUGUACUUGCUUCUCAUCUC